AAUUGAUGAAAAACGUUAACAAGAAGAACUUUUAUAAUGUAAUCUGAGUUUUAGUCCGUUUUUCCAUGAACGCGUCUCUCGAGGAGACACAUUCCAAACCUUAUUUUUUAAUUGGGCCUUCAAGAAUGCGUCUAUGCAAUUAUUCCCCACACGAAUCGAAGGCAUAGGGUUUAAGGUCGAUUGUGAAAGAAAGGAAGAAGAGAACGAAACAAAGGUUGUUAACAUGGCUUUUCUCAGUAGAGUUGGAAAAAUAUUUAGUCAGAGUUCUGCAUCAGGGAUCGGUUCACAUUUGCAGCCUUCCAAGCUGUCUAUCUUUCGAACUCUUAGAUUCGUGUCGGGUUCUAAAGUUUUUGUUGGAGGCCUCUCAUACAACUCCGAUGAUCUAACUCUGAGGGUAGCGUUCAGCAAGUAUGGGGAAGUAGUUGAAGCGAGAGUGGUAAUGGACCCUGACACUGGUAGAUGCAAAGGUUUUGGGUUUGUCACUUUCAGUGCCAAGGAAGAAGCUUCUAGUGCUAUUAAAGCUUUGGAUGGAAAGGAUCUCGGUGGUCGUCGCAUUAGAUGCAACUAUGCAGUUGAAAAGGUUGCCCGCGGUGGCGGCCGCUAUGGUAGCAGCCGCUAUGGUGGUGGUGACAAAAACUGAUGAAUUUGCCAAUAGCUCUUGAAGGAAUUGCCCAAUCUAAUUUUUCAAAAAAUGGCUUUCUGAUUGUUAUGUCUUGUGCCUUUUUGUACUGCAAAACCUUGACAGGUCGUUUAAAACAGAUUAUCCCGAACUAUAAUAACCAUUUUGUGCUAUAGUAAAUACCAUUUCCAAUUAGCUAUAGUAAAUAUUAUUUUAGAACUC